GCACCAUUGACCCUCCCUGCCCCAGAGAGAGGUGGUCCAGCAGCUGGCAAGACCUUAAAUACAUCCAGCUGGAUGCAGGCUGUCUAGACUGCUCCGACCUUGAGCAUCGGAGUAAUAUACACCCUCCUGCAUGCCCUUCCUGCAGCACUGGUCGAUCGACAGCCACUCAGCAGCCGGCUAUCCCCAGCGAUCCCCCAUAGUCCAUGCCGGGAUCCAUAUAGUAGUCGCUCCUUAUCCCCGAAGACGCGCUGCUCCUCGCCUUCGUCUAGACCGGGGUAGUGGAACGUGGCGGGGGUUCCGUACCGUAUUUCUACCUCUCCGUCACCCUCGUCUGCUUUCGUCUACUUUCUUUCCCCAGUUCUUUUUCUCUCUCUCUCUCUUAAUCUUCCUUUCAUUCCUCUUUCUCUCCUCUCUCCACUCCUCAUCUCUUCGCCUCUCCCUCUCUCCCUCUCUAUCUCUCCUGGACAAUUAGUCCUUCUCUCCUCAUCUCCCUCCCUCCCUCCCUCACAAUGUCUGCUUCUGCCCUCUUAAGAAGCCGUGUUCGCCGGCCUUCCUAUCUCAACCGGUUGGCCAAGGCUGAAGAUCUCAUCGACCUCUUCCCCAAUGGAUCGUAUAUCGGCUGGUCCGGAUUCACGGGAGUUGGUUAUCCCAAGUAGGU